CAUUUAUAUAGUUUGUAAUGAUCAAAAUAUUCAAGAUUGGUGUUAUUCAAGUCUUUAGAAUUUUUGUAUAUUUCAAUGUUCUACAGUUUGUGUCAUGCCAUAAGUCACCUGACGUAGAUGAGGAACUGAGUGAAUUAUUUACGAAACUGUACAAAGCGGAUGAGAAUGCAGUUCUACCUGGUAAAGAUUACAAACUCAAUUUACAAGUACAUCUGAACUAUUCCAAGAAACUUGUAGAUUUUUCUAGUAAGCCAUUGUUCGAGUAUGUCAAUGAUGAUAUAUUCAGGAAUAGACCUACAUUCUCAAAGUUCAUUGCAUUACUGGAUAAUUACAAUCCUCAACUUGGUGUCACUGAAAUUGUCACAGUGGAACAAAAUAGAGAGGAAGAUGACUUUAUCAAUGAAUUAUUAAAAACGAAAGUCAUGAAAAUGACUUAUGAUUUCCUAGUUAAAAAACAAAAGAUAUCAGGAAAAAUGGGUGAUUUCGGGAGAUUCUUGAAGGAUUUAUGGUUCAAGAGAUAUAAACGUAGAAGAACUGGAGAUACAUCAGCUUUUGAGCAUAUAUUCGUUGGUGAACAUAAAAAUUCCAUAAUGCUUGGAUUACAUAAUUGGAUACAACUUUAUCUGAAAGAAAAGAAGAAUGAAAUAAAUUAUUAUGGAUGGAAGAAGAGAUCAUGUGAUGACCGGCUACUCAGUCUAACUUAUAUCGAUGAAAAUAAAUAUGUAAAACCGAUAGGAGGUUUUCUGGUUGGAUCCUCUCCAGAAUUUGAUAUUGCUGUAUACACCGUUGCUUUUGCAUUAUAUCCAGCAUCAGCAUUUGAUGUAAAUAUAGCCGGAUGUAAAAUACGUAUAACUUGUCAUGAAUUAUCUUUCUCUGAAAUGGGUACAUGUUAUAUGGGAUGAAUGAACGAUGUGAAGGAAAAAAAACUCAUCUUAUAUAAUCAUUAAACAUUAAUGGAAUAACAAAGUAAUGUACAAGCCUCAUAUUUGCAUAAAACAUUGUAAAACAAUUAUGAAAUCUUUUCUUUCGAGUUUGUUUACCAUAUGAAUAUUUCUGUAUAG